AUGAAGGAUGGAAAAAAAUCUGCUUUUGUUACAGGAGCUUCCUCGGGUAUUGGAUAUAGUACUGCUAUCGAAUUAGCAAGUAGAGGGUUUAAGGUUUUUGCUGGUGCAAGACGAUUGGAGGUUAUGGAACCCUUGAAGUCCCACGGUAUUACUAUAUUGAAAUUAGAUGUCACUUCAAUGGAGAGUAUUAUUGAUGCCAAAACCCUUAUAGACCAGGAAACUGAUGGAUCGUUGGACAUUCUUUUCAACAACGCUGGGGUUCCGUGUAGAGCGCCUGCAUUUGAUCUUGAAGAAGACUGGUUUCGUUUCUGCUUUGAAGUGAAUGUAUUCGGUCCUAUGAGAACUGUCAAGGUAUUUCACCCGUUGUUGAUCAAAUCUAAGGGCUUGAUAGCGUUUACUGGAUCUACUGCCGGGUUGGUGCCUCUUCCAUUUAAUACCGUGUAUUCAUCCUCAAAAGGUGCUAUACAGUCUUAUGCAAACUCAUUAGCGCUCGAAGUCCAACCUUUUGGCAUAAAAGUUUUAAAUUUUGUAGCUGGUGCUGUUGAAACUGAUAUAGGAACGAAUGAUGCUCAUGACAUACCAGAAACAUCGGUAUUUAUCAUAGACGGUGAAAAUGUUUUUGAAAACGGUAAAGUCCUCAAAAACUUAAAGAAAAUGCCUUCUGACGCUUUUGCAAAAAAAGCAGUUACAGAUAUUGAAAGAUGUUUGUCAAGCUCUCAUAAGAAUUUUUGGAUGUCAUACAGGGGAAAAAGUGCCAGCCUUGUUAAGCUUCUUGUCUCGUAUUUUCCUCGGUCUUUUUUGGCUUAUAUCAUCGUCAAAUCUUUAAAGCUCAAGGAUUCAUUCAAAAAAAUAAAACGGAAAUAUGCCUAG